AUGCCCAAAGCCGAGAGCAAGCGGUUUGCGGAUCGCAAGGAGGCUCGCUUCGACCCCGUGAAAUCGGCUACCUCAACACACAAAGUCGUAUCAAACGCCAUCUUCUCUCACCUCUCGGAUAUACAGGCCAAAAAAGUCGGCCACAAGUACUGCUUUGAGGUGUGCGUGGCGGUAAAGGUGCAGAGUGGGCAGGAUGCUAUAGGAGAGCACUUGCGGAUCGCGCUCAAGGCGCGCGGUAUCUCUGUCCACCUCAAUCCUCGAGAGAGUACCGGAACGGAGCUUCACUUCCUCCUCGCCGUACUCGACCCCAUCGAUAACUGGAUCUCCAUCCCAGGGUGCGAGACGGUGACGUACAACCAGAUCGUCGAGGUGGUCUGGGAAGCGGACCUACAGGCCACAGCGCUCCGGAAGUCGCGUGUGGCCCUACCCACACUCGGGCUUCCUCUACGCACCUUUGAGCUCAAUGCCUUGAUCACCAAACAUCCGGUCAUCAGCAAGAAGCUUUGGAUUUUGCGUCUUCACAAGCCCCUCCCUUCUCCUUUCCGCGUCGUUACUGCACCUGCGCUCGCAGUGGCCGACUUGCCUCAGCAGCCCCCGGUAUCCCCCGAGUCGAGCUCUAUCUCCCCCUCCAACACCAUGCUUACACUCGUCGACACCGUCCUCCCCACACCCUCCUCCAAGACCAAACGCGUCGACACUCGAGGCCGUCGGGACGCCUCACCUCCUUCGUCCACUGUCGGACAUGUACCGCGCUUCUCCAGCAACACGGCGGUCAAGAGGGACGAGAAGGGUCGGCCUAUUCGCGACACAUCGCGCGAAUCUAGUCCAGAGUCGGAGAACAGGGACCGCCGCGUGGCGCCCAAGAGGGUCUGCGCGGGCAAGGGCGUCAGUAGGGGUGAGCGGGGAAAGACAGUCAAGGUCAACAAGGGAAAGGGUAGGGCUGGGGUGAGAGGUGGCAGAGGCGGACGCAAGCGUAGGGAGGACACGGGGUCAGCCUCGGACAAGGAGAGGGAGGUCACAUCGGAGUCGGAGCCGGAAUCGGAGGACGAGCCCGAGCCUACCACCUACAUCGGGCACCGGAUCUUCUUCAAGUCGCCUCCCCUCGGCCGAAUCGACUUUGAUCUGACCAAGGAGACGAUGGACCGCAAGGCGGCUGAGAGGAUGGCGAAGCUCGGCGAGCCGGGACCAUCCGGUACAGUCUCCAUGCUCGAGAGCGGUACGGCGCAUGGCGUAUGCCCGCAUUGCAAGGGGACCGGUAUGGUCAAGGUGGGAGCUAGCUUGACCAGCCUGGAUUAG